AUGACUGCGCUAGAGACAGUGUACGCAGUUCAUAAUUUUGAAGCGGAAAAUGAUGAUGAGCUCAGCUUUCAGAUUGGUGAAAGGGUCUUUGUCAUACAGAAAGAUGAUGGAUUCGGCGAUGGAUGGUGGAAGGGCGAGAAUGUAAGAGGCCAAGUAGGUUUGUUUCCAAUGAAUUACAUUACAUUCGAGCAACCUCAUCGGCAGAUUACCGAUCUCCUUACACCGUCCACGUUUGACUCGACUAAUGCCACAACAUCCACUAAGGAACCAAUGCCCAUCGAUACCAGUGUGUUGGAAGAUGAGAUCAGUAAAUCACCUUCAGUACGAUCAUCUUAUUCGUUUACAUGUCCUGUUUCAUCUUCAUCUACUACAGGACCGGGUGCAUCAUCCACACACUCUAACAGUGGAGGUGCAGCACUGCGCAGAUCUGUUAUCAAUGCCUUGUUUUUGCCUUCUUUGAGACCGACCACGCCCGAAGAUUGGGAUAUUGAUCAAGUUGAGACAUGGCUCAAUGCAAUGAACUUUGGCAGCAUAGCAACGCAUUUCAAACUACAAGAAAUUACAGGAGAUGUCUUGUUGGAAUUAAACAUGAAUUCUUUAAAAGAGCUGGAUAUUCCUACAUUUGGCAAAAGAUUCAAACUUCACACAGCAAUCAGCGCACUACGAGAAGAAUGUGGCUACCAGCCCACAAACCACAUGUCAAUCACCUCAUCGACCUAUUCAACUGAUUCUCGAUUCCUUCAGCAAAAAAAUCCUACGAGCUCAUCUACAUCUCCGAGCUCUGCAAGGUAUUCGAACCCCAUUUAUACCAGACAUUCCGCUAGCUAUCAUUCCAAUCUGAUGACUCUGGAUAAGCAGCAUCAGCGCAGUAGAAGUCAUACAAGUGGAACGCCAAAAGAUCAAACAUCCCUUCAGAUGCUUUCUCCUGUGUCUCCUGCUUCCUGCUAUGACAUCAUGGAAGCCAACAGUCAAAAUUAUGAAAGAGAUCAGAAACUGCCAGUUUCUCCCAGUAAAAAAGACAUGGCGUUGAUUCAGCAAGUUCAAAAGCGUCAAACAGUGCUACCCACGGCUCAUCGCAGUUCAAUGGAAAUUUACUCUACUCGAACCACAGACGAAACUGGAGCUGUUACACCCGACAUGGAAGGCUGGCUCUACAAACAAGGUUGCAAGUACAAGAAAUGGAACAAGCGAUGGUUUGUCCUCAAGGGCCCCAACUUGUUUUACUUUAAAAGCCCCAAAGAUGUUCGUAUGAAGGGUAUCAUCAAUCUUAGAGGUUAUAAAGUGGUUCCUGAUGAGACUAUUCAGCCAGGCAAAUACUCAUUCAAGGCGCAGCAUGAAGAGGAGCGCACGUUUUACUUUUACACGGAUCUAGACACCAGUAUGAAAUCAUGGAUCUCCAGUCUAAUGAAGGCAACGAUUUCUCGCGAUUUUACUGCUCCUGUUCUAAGUUCAAGUAUGAUCCCAACAGUUUCAUUGGAUGUUGCAAGACGGAUGAGACCCAGGCCUCCCUCUGUGCUAUUGUACAGAAAGGACAAUAAUGCAAACCUGUCUCCUCGUUCUUAUGAAGCUAGUUAUGGCUAUCAGACUCCCAUCUCUGAAAAGAGUUCUUCCAUCAUUACAGCCGAUAAAGACAUGGAAGGAGGAGAAUCAUCUGUCACAACAAAAGAAGAAAGACUGAACCAAGAUUCUGGGUUUGAUAGCAAUGAUCAAGAAGAAGAGGGGGAGGACGAGGAAGAAGAUGAAGAAGUGGAGGAAGCAGAGGAAGAAAAUGAAGAAGAAACAACCACACCACCAUUCGGUGAAACAUAUUCACUCGCAUAUAAAGAUGUUGAUGAAGAUGAAGGCCAUCUUUCCAGCGAAGAAUGCCGAGAAGAGCCAAAUCAGCCAUUGUCUUGGACUCCAGUGGAAUACAUCCAAUGGGUGAAUGCUAUCAGCAGUUCAACCAAAAUCAAGGAACUACAUGAACUAAGACAAGGCGAUGUUCUUAUUGAAAUACUGGAAGAAUUGAGCGGUAAAAAUGUGAAACAACUGCCUCCUUCCACAGUUGGAUCAGUGAGCAUGAUGAUGUUGGAUAACAUUGUAGCCGUAUUUAAGUUCAUGAGCAUGGAAGGUAUUGAAAUUGAUAGUCAAUUUGCAAUUAAAGACAUCUUUGGUGGUAACGAGGAAAAGAUCAUGCUCCUGCUGCAAUCCAUUUUGAAAUGGUCGGCUCGCUUAAAUGAAAUUAGCUUUUAA